AUGAAAACCAAAUCCGGCCAUAACGACUACCUCUCGCACCCAUCCUACAGCUUCUACCACCCCGAUCCAUUCCCUUCCCUUCUUCACCGUCUAUUCCCGCCACGGGACCCCGAAACGCUAGAACACACCUCUUCCACACGCAUUAUCUCCAUCCUUCGCCUGUUUUACGUUCUCCUCGUCGUAUUGCUUAUUCAUACUACUGCAGCGCUCAUCUCCCACUUUCUGUAUUCCAAGUCGCAAUGGCAAGCGAUGGGGUGGGGAAGGGGAGUAUUCCCAACAAGACUUCCUGGGUGGAGUUGGGGUCAAACACUCGGUGUACCGCUGGUGGGGAGUUUCUUCUGGGCAUUAGUGUACGGGACGCCGAAGGGGAUGGGGUGGAGAGAAGAGAGGACGGUACCGUGGGCGAGUAAGUGGUUAUUUGGGAGGGGUCAUGAGGGGUGGUCUAUCGAUGCUGAGAGUGUAAUCUUACCGCCGCUCCCCACCGUUGAGACAUCUACUGCCUUGAAAACUUCCGUCAAGGGUGAAGAGAAUGGACUACGAAAGUGUCACCACUGCAACAGUAAUGCGAAAAGUGCAGUGGAGCGUGCAGCUGAUGCAACAUCACCCCCAACAACCAACACCGCACCACCUGCCAGCCCUUACGACGCGCGCAAGGAAGGAAUACCACUGGAUAUACUUCGAGGCGCGAUUCGCGGUAUCGACUUGGACGUAACUCCUCAACCUGUGGCGGCAUUUUGGCAAUGGAAAUCGCUCCCGUCCUCCGUAUCCCACGGACUCGUCACCUCAGUAAAACCAGGCAAUGACGUUGCAGGUAUUGGAUCCGGUCCUGCUCUCUCCUCCUCUGAACGAAUGGUUCUAUUCUUCGUCGGUGGAGGAUAUCACUCUGGCCACGCCCCUCAAGGUCCACUAUCCUGGACGGUGUGCAGACAAACCUCGCUGCGAGUGUUAGGGGUGAACUUUCGUAAAGCUACGGCAGACAAGCGUGCUUUCCCUGCCGCACUACAGGAUGCGCUUGCAGCUUGGGUGUAUGUGACGAAAAGACUGGGGUUUAAAGCUGAGAAUGUGAUUCUAAUGGGCGAUAGCGCUGGUGGUGGACUCGCGCUUACUUUACAGCUGUAUUUGAGUUCGCUCAUGUGGAGCGGAGAGGGGGGGUUGGGAAGAGCCAAGAAACUAGUACUGCACAGUCCCAUGACAGAUCUAACGCUGGGAACGGAUAGUUUUGUGGGGAAUGAAGGAGUAGAUAUCAUUUCUCCUUAUGUGUGCUCUUUGGCUAGAGAUAACUAUUUGCGCCAUGUAAUGCCGGUAGCAGGGCGCAAAAACUCUCAUCUUCAGGAAGAAGAGUAUACUGGAGAAUCUCGCAUCGACGCAAUCGCCUCACGAUACUUGAUCGAUCCAUACGCAUCCCUACAACCCCUCGCCAGAGCCGAACUGAAACGAUUAGCCAGCGAACUACCAGACACAAUACUCGACCUGGGCCCAUUCCAUCCUCUAUUCUCCCUAGGCUUAGACGCACGUAAACACAGAUACCUCGCUCAAACUCUACACCUUCUCCUCCCCCCACUUGGGGUAGAAGAGGAAGAGGGGGAAAUGGAAAUGCUAGUUACUGCAGGAGGAGGGGAGAUAUUUGUUGAUCAAAUCCGAACCUUUGUGCGAAACAUUCUGGAUCUCAGCGGGCAAGAAAGAGGGGAGGGGGAAGUGAAGGUGUGUUUGGUCGAGUGUAAAGAUUGGCAUCAUGUAUUUGCGUACAUGAACCUGCCUGGUAGUGUUAAGGGGGAGGUUGAUGAUGUUGGUAAAGCCUUCAUGCUAGCCUAA